AUGCAUACAAUGAAUGGAACUAUAGCAAGUUUCUUCUUUGGCUAUUAUACAAGAAGAUCAUCUUCAUUGAUUCAGACAUGCUUAUACUUCGAAACAUACAAAUUCCCUGAGAUUUCCGCUACAGGAAACAAUGCAAAGCUCUUUAACUCUGGUCUAAUGGCUGGAGAUGGAAGUGGUGGAGGAGGGAUUAAGCUUGCAGGAACAUUAUGGGACAAAGAACCAUUGUCAUUAGCUGAGAAAGUCUGUGAAUCCUUUAAUGGUGAAUUAGGUAUUUAUGCUUUCAAGACUCUACCGAAUUCGACCAUACAAGUGCGUAUCGAGCGGCUCACUAACAAGUUUGGCUCCCCAACAAUGGAAGACAUUGAAGCAUAUUCAACUAUUUACAGAGCAAAAUUGGCUGAUCCUGAACAAGCUAAGACCAUACCGGACAAUAUCUCUCUAGAGAUUCGUUAG